UGUGCCGAGCUAGGCCACCGCUUGGGCCCUGAGCGGGGCCCUCGCGCUCUCCGUGGCGUCACGUGCGCGACGCCUGGCUGCGGAGAUGCCCCCCAAAGGGAAAAGCGGCGGCAAAAGUGGGAAGGGAGGAGCUGCUGGCGGCGGGGGCAGUGCCGAGAGGCAGGCCCCAGCCCCAAAGGGUGGGGGCAGCUCUGUGAAGGUUAGACACAUUCUAUGUGAAAAGCACAGCAAAAUCAUGGAGGCCAUGGAGAAGCUGAAGUCUGGAGUGCGCUUCAGUGAAGUAGCCUCACAGUACAGUGAAGAUAAAGCCAGACAAGGGGGAGACUUGGGCUGGAUGACCAGAGGUUCUAUGGUGGGACCUUUCCAGGAAGCAGCAUUCACCUUGGCAGUCAGCAGUAUGGAUAAGCCAGUGUACACAGACCCUCCUGUCAAAACGAAGUUUGGAUACCACAUAAUUAUGGUUGAAGGGAGAAAAUAAAAUACAAAAAAGAGUGAAGCUGACACUUACUGUUCUAUACACUGACUAGGAACUUCCAAGCAGAUUUGUUGUGGGAGUUGUUAGGGUUGGGGAUCUAUAGGACUCAGGUUUGUAUGUGCAUGCAUGCAGCAUGUUUGUUGAUGGUGUCCACACCAUUUCUUUUGGACAAUUUUACCCCAGUUUACAGAUUAUAGACCUGGCAGGGUGGAAGCCAACAGAAAGAAGUUGUCGGUACCUAGCAAAGCACUUCAGGCAGUUAUUGAAAUCUCCUUUGUUGUGUGGAGCAUGUGAGAUUCUUACUUCAUGAGAACUGAAGCAGUUGAGUAGCCCUUGCUUUUCCUGGGCUGCUAACAUGGACGGGUUGUCUUAUUGGAAUAGUAUUAGUAGACUUCAUAUAAAAUCCAUGGAAAAAAUCUCCUUGCAGUUGCAACUUUGGGUCCACAGAGAGAGCCAUUUUACCAGCCUAGUUUGUCCAGGAAAAUCCAGCUGUCUAAUUCAGCCUCAGUUUGUAAACCUAGAUGGUCUAAAGUAGUAAAGGUUUCCCUACAGUGGAUUUAUCAGCUGUAUGACAGUUGUGCUGUAGUUUCACAUUCCAUUUCCAUGCAAGGGAUUUGGCAAAUCAGAGGCACCACAGUGCAAACCAGUCAGAUUAGGAGAUUUCACUGGGAGCAAUUAGUGAACAUGGGGAAAAACAGUCACACUCACUCCACUAUAUAAACUAUCUUCCUUCUUUUCCAGCAAAGGGGAAGUAUUAAACUCAAGAACUCAAAACCAACAGUCCUUGCAUAUGUCAGAAAAUAGAGUUAAAAAGGAGCCCUGUCUCAGGCACUUCCCUGUGGAUCCCAACCAUUUCUCUCCAGGACAGAGGGGAACAUGAUGACCCCAGCAUUCCUGCUGAGAAUCCUCUCUUCUUAGAAAUUAAAAGCACUGGACUUUAAGGAGCCCAUCAUAUCACUGCAACUUCUCUUGCUGGGGGGAGUGCUCUGGAUUUAUUCUGAAAAGGAGGAUUCUGGACUGGCUUUGUAAAUGGUUUGCACUGAGAGGUGCCAUAAAUACGCAAGUAUAAAUCAGCUUGAGAGAUUUGUAUUAAACACCCUUUGGGUGAAGUGUCUGUGA